CGAAAUUAUACGCUAGAGACUUGGUAUUGGUGGCGUCCUACUUAACUCUCCUAGGGCACUUAUCACACUUUGACCAACUGCUCACAGAAAACGGUGGGAGACAUGCACAAUCCUUUUGCAUUUCUCACUCGAUACUCACAGGACCGGCGAGAAGCAAAGCUUUCUGUACAGCAAGUGUCGCCCGUAAGAUUGCCCGCUUGGGCCGGAGCGAGGAGGCAAUGUAGGUGUAAUAAUACUCAUUGAAAUUUGCUGAAAAUGUCUCUAACUUCUCUCAGUUCUAUGAUUAACGGGGCAUUGGACAUUUGGUUUGUUGAUCCGACUGCACACAAAGAUGAGAUCGCCCGCAGUCCUUUUCGUAAGGGCAACAUUUUCGGAACAGUGGGUAAAAUGCAAAAAGCUUCCGUCUGCCUUAGGGUUGUCUGUCGUUUGAGGAAGGAAAUCACCGAGGAGGAUCGAGAGGUGAAAAGCUCGGCGACGGAAGACUUUGAUGAGAUUAUUGCUUUUUGGGCUCGUUGAUUGGUCCCCUUCUUUUUAUCUGCAAACAGUAUGCAAUUAAUAAUUUCAUGACUGAUG